AUUGAUAGUAUUUAUUGGAUUUUGACAUAAAGUCCUAGUAGUAAUCUAGAAUCCCAAAUGUACAAAAACUAUUUUUUGGUGGGAAGAAUAAGUUCAAGUCCAAUCGAAAUCGGCAAAAUCCCUGCUAUUCUACUCUGUCGCCUUUCCCUUUUCUUCCCUUUUCAAACUCCAUUCCGAUCUCAAUCCCUAAUUAAUCCAUCUUCCCAAAUGAAUCGUCUUCAUAUCCCUCCAAUUCCAAUCCUUCUCAUUCUAAUCUUCACAUUUUCAUUAGUUACAGUGGUCGAAUCGACGACGUUUAAGAUCGUGAACAGAUGUCGGCACACUAUAUGGCCGGGGAUACUCACCGGCGCUGAUAGAACCGUGUUAAAUCCCACUGGUUUUGCUUUAAACCCCGGUAAAUCAAGAACCCUACGAAUACCCGUAGCUUGGUCGGGUCGGUUAUGGGGUCGUACCGAUUGCCGGACAGAUUCAACCGGAAAAUUCUCUUGCGUCACCGCCGAUUGCGGUUCCGGCAAAGUCGAGUGCGAAGGCCGCGGAGCCGAACCUCCCGCCACGCUAGUGGAAUUCACACUCAACGGCGACCAAGGCCUUGAUUUCUAUGACGUCAGUUUGGUCGACGGGUAUAACCUCCCGAUGCUGGUGAUUCCCAGAAACGCUACGAGCGGAGGAUGCAGUUCCACCGGUUGUUUAGUUGACUUAAACGCCGCUUGCCCCGCUGCGCUGAGGGUGGCGCGUUCGAGUAGGAGUCGGGACUGUGGUGGCGUCUAUGCUUAUGACGAUAAAACCAGCACUUUCACAUGUGCCGGAGCUAAUUAUGUUAUCAUAUUCUGUCCACUACCCUACACCAGUGAAAAGCUUCUAGAAGCUAGGAAUGAGAAGGCGGAUUUGCCACUUGUAAAUAAAAACCAUGAUGUACAUUGGUCGGCAUCAUGGUGGUGGUGUUUCAGGCUAACAGGUGUACAAUGUGUUUUGUGGGUUGUUGAUUUGAAAACUGAGACUUGCACAUGA